AGUAGCAGGUCCUUCUUGAUGUUCACGGUGGCAAACACCUGCGCGGCAUCAUAUCCUGCGUCGCGGCACGAGAUGUACGCGGCCGCGUACGCUACCAUGAACGGGGGGUACAAGAGAAUGAUGUCUGUGCGGUACGAGUAUUGCACGAGUUGCCUGUCGGACCACGUACAACACGUCGGAAUUAGCUCAGCAGAGCGCAUUAAACCAGGUGGGGAUGCAUUCACUCCAUGCCUUACCAUGCAAGCUGAAGACACUCCUCGUGGAUGUCAAAUUCAUCCAGAAACCUACAGACCAGAAAGCGUCAUGAGUGAGAACAGGAAAAAGGAGAGAUUUCCCAGUACACGAGGCUUACGUACUGGAGGAGCGACGGGAACGGGUGGUGCAGGAUCAAAUCAAACUGCAGCGCCUCGAUCACGUAGAACUCGCACUCGAGGAUAUCCUUGUCCUGGAACGUGUACAUGGACUCGUCCUCAUCGACACUAGCUAAUCAAGUCGCAAGCGAACACAAUGUCAAGUGAGUAUCCUUCUGCGUUGAUUCUGAUGGUAGAAACGACGAAAACGUACUCGUAGUGUAAUGAUGAAGAACAGAGGCUACGGUCGUGAGCGACAGUUGACUCUCUUCCACCUUGGAGGCGAGGAAGAACACCGUCCCGACGACCAAGUGUGGAUCAAAGUUCACAAAGCUUUGCCUGCAGCACCAACACAAUCCACUUGUCAGAUGACAACUUCCUCCACGUCCAAUAGCAAAGUGCUCAGCCCACGUCUGGUAGAACCGCCGAUAGAAGAUGAUUGCCGUAUAAAUAAUGAUCUGGCGGACCCGCAGGCGCGGCCCAAUCUCCUCCAGCACUGCGUCAAACACCGGGAGGUCAACUCUGCUCUACCCGUGACCUUCACAACCUCUAAUCUAGUCUAGAAUGUUUUUCCUUAGCGACUACUCACGCGAAAUGUUGGCCAGGUGGAUGCUGUCGAUCUCGUCGUCCGUCAGGUGCUUGCGGUCCAGCGGGUUCCUCUUGCGCAGGUCGGACUUGGUCACGUCCUUCAUCCAGUACAGACUUUGGUCAAGUGGUGCACACAGACGUCAGCUUCGCAUUCUCUGGUGUCUCGUGGGCGCGUAGACCCACGUACUAGUGCGUCGAGUGCCAGAAGUUCAUGCCCAUGGUGGCAAGUGCUGCCUCCAGUAUGGGAAAUUGCGUAUUGACCGCGCCAGUGCGCUAACUGGUUGAAACUGCAGCAUUUUACACCAAUUGAAAAUGCGUUUGAUAGUGACAGGACCGGAGCAUUUAUCUACUCGCCAUUUGGCACAAAACGGACAGGAAACUCAGUUCAACAUGCGAGCCAUUCCCGGAUCGGCGGCGUGGAAGACAAGCGACUCGGGGGAAGAAACCCCAUUGCGCUGGAAAUGGUCGCGCCUCUUCACUCCUUGCUGUUACUUCCAGCUUUCCUGGCUGCGCUGGUGCAGGCCGACAAGCCCCCGCUGAGCUACAGAUACGCAGACACGCUGCGCGACGCGCUGGAGAGGGACCCGCGCCCCAUCGUCCACUACGAAGACAGCGUCUGGGACGCCACCCGGGACGACCCCGCUGGGUUCCUGCACGGCUUCGCCCAGGACGAGGCGACUGAGGAUCUGGGCGGCCCUGUGCUGACUGCAACGCCGCCGCUGCUGAGGGACGGCGAGGAUCUGGUGAUCUCCUGGAGCGGCGUCAAGCGUCCGCAUCAAACGGACUUCCUGGGUCUCAGCUGCGGUCCGAAGGCCCAUGACAAGGACUUCCUCGUGAAGGUUGGCAUCACGGAGGCCAAUGGACCUGGUGCGGACGGCCCCACGCUGCCCAACUCCAUCCGCUUCUCAGCGCUCUACAUGAUGCGCUGCAACUACACCGUCGAGUACUUCAACUUCCAGCCCAAAGGCAACGUCUUCGCCCCCCUUGCCAAGCUGGAAGUCGGUAUGGCGGAGGCCUUCACUGCCCCCAAGCACGGCCACAUUGCCUUGACGGAACAUGUCGACGAGAUGUCGGUGAUGUUCAAUUCGGCGUCCCGUGAGACGCCCAUGGUCAAGUACGGUCUCCAACCCGAUGCUUUGGAUCAGCAAGCUGAGGGCAAGUUCAAGACGUACACGGCAGCUCACCUGUGUAACCGACCGGCGAAUCUGACGAGCCAGCAAUGGUUCCGAGACCCAGGCAAUAUGCACACGGUCAUCUUGAAGGGACUGAAGCCCGGAACGCGCUACUAUUACAGGUUUGGCAGCGAGAAGGACGGUUGGAGCUCGGUACACUCCUUUAUGAGUCGGCCAGAUGCUUCGGUGAAGAGUGCCAAGUUCAUUGCGUACGCCGAUAUGGGCGUCGAUCCUGCUCCUGCGGCGACAUCGACGGCUGUACGUUCGUACCAAGACGUGAUGGACGGCUACGACAGCUUCCUGUUGCACUUCGGAGACAUCAGCUAUGCCCGCGGCCACGCGCACAUGUGGGACGAGUUCUUCCACCUCAUCGAGCCCUACGCGACCAGAGUCCCAUACAUGGUAAGCAUCGGCAAUCACGAGUAUGACUACACGACGGGAGGUGCCAACGAUCCCAGUGGAGCUACAGGAAAGGAUGGCCGAAUGGACUUCCACCCAGAGUGGGCCAACUACGGCGAGGACUCAUCCGGGGAAUGCUCCGUGCCGAUGUACUACCGCUGGGAUGCCCCAGCUAAUGGCAACGGUAUCUAUUGGUAUUCGUUCGACUACGGUGGUGUCCACGUUAUCCAGAUUUCAUCGGAGCACGACUGGCGCCGUGGAUCGAAGCAAUACAAGUGGUUGGAGAACGACUUGAAGAGUGUGGACCGGAAGAAGACGCCGUGGGUCGUGCUAACAUCGCACCGGAUGAUGUACACGACGCAGUUGGGUGAAGAAGCCGACUACAAGGUAUCCCAGCAUUUCCGUGAGGAAGUUGAAGACUUGCUGUGGGAGCACAAGGUGAACCUGAUGCUCGUAGGCCACCAGCACUCUUACGAGCGCAGUUGUGCAGUCCGCAACGGCAAGUGCACUAAGGACGGCCAGGGACCCGUCCAUAUUGUGAUCGGCUCCGCAGGCGCUGGUUUGGAGAAGUCAGGCUUCUCGAGCAAACUGGGCGAGUGGAGCGUGAGCCACCUGAGCGACUGGGGCUACUUGCGCAUUGAAUCGACCGAACAGUCGAUGAGCGUGCAGUUUAUCCUGAAUCGCAACGGCGUCGUCUACGACGAGGUCACCCUCACUCCGUGGAACUAAGUGCACGCUGCGCCACUCGAUGGCGUGGCUAUCGUGGCGAAACUACAUGUAUUCAUAUCUUUACAAGCUGCUACAUGUUCUCAUUCACGUAGGAGGGAGCUGCAACACCAUGCAGCAGAUUGAGCCGUCACACAACAACAAAAUGAUCAAGUACUAAGUUGAAAUUACGGUGUUUGCGCCCGUCAGUCAGCUAGUCUGCCUGUUCGCUGCCGUCUACAAAUCCCGGUCUACGACUUCCUCAUCGUCCUCAGUUGCCUCCGAAAACUUCGAGUUGUCCUCCUCGUCCUCGUCUAAGAUCUUGGCGAACUUGGCGUCCUGGUCGUCGUCAUCCUCGUCGUCAUCCUUAAGAAGAUCCUCGAGGUCGGGCACCUUGACGCCGUCAAUGUUGUCCUGGUCCUUCUGCGACAUAUCGCUCAGAAGCUUGCCACUGUAAAUAUCGUCCGUGAACUGCUUGGUCAAUUUCAUGUACUCGUCGAAGUCCGUGGGCUGGUUCUUCACCCAGACGCAGAAGCACGCGAAAGCAACAAGUCCAACGAUACGGUAAAUACGCUCCGACGGGUCCGUGGAGCGCAGCGAGUAGAGCGGCACGAACGAGUCGGCGACCGACAGGUUGUCGUCGAAGAUGUUGGGCAGCAGCCAGUACUCGUAACCGAUCAUCCAGAGCAUGAAGAAGAUGAAGAGGCGCACCACCACGAAGAUGGCGAUGAAGAUGAGGAAGGUGACGGACAUGUACCACAGCGCGACCUUGGCCCACUGCGGCCAGAUGGGGAAGCACGUAAUGGUGAGGAAGCCGAUGAUCAGCAGCGCCGUCAUGAUGUUGCGGAGGGUCUUGGAGCCCUCGUACAU